GUUAAGAAAAAUUAGGAAAAUGGAGGAGUUUAGAGAAGCUGGGUUACGGGCUUCUGACUGGAGGUGAAAACCUUUCAAGAGAAAAUUUGAUAUCAAAAUGAGAAGCGAUGAAACUAAUAAAAACUUAACAAGAUUACCAAACCUCACCUUAGCCAAGUCAGGCACUAGUAGUAUUUCUCACGAUGGAGCAAAUUUUUUAUCUCAGACAAGCUCUUCUACUCUCGCCUAUCGUUAUAAACCAAUUAACAAGAAGAGAAAGAGUUUAAGCACAACUGUUUCAUUUUACAAACUAAAGAGGAAAACUAGACAUUCCUAGCAGUUACAGGUCUGUAAAUAAUAUCCCAACAGUGAAAAGGAGUACAUCUUUGGAUACACCAAUAAAUUGCUCUACAAAUAAAGGUAAACAGAUGUACCGAUCCAAGCCGUUGACUGUGAUUAACUCCCGACAUCAGCUGCUGGAAGUUUCUGAUGGGAAUAGGGAUCACAUGGCAUUGACAAAAUAUAGUAACAUGAUGAGCUCUUCAAUGAAAUUUUCAACAAAAAUACAUUCUGUAGGAAGCCUCAAGACUAUAAUUAAAAGAGCAAAUUUUAUGCCGAUGAAGAACAAACAGAUCCAGAUCCGAGUGAGUAAAAAUUCCUGACAGAAGAAUAGGAAACUGUUCUGAGGUUUGAGGGAAUGAAC